AUGAAACGAGACAAGAAAGAUGAAGAAAAUGGGGGCGGUAAUCCAUUCAGUAAUCUCGAUAAAACAACUGUUUUACAGGAGGCUCGUGUUUUCAACGAAACACCGAUAAAUGCACGGAGAUGUAGUUUGAUUUUGAGUAAAUUACUAUAUUUACGACAACAAGGUGAAGCUAUCGGGCGUACUGAAGCAACGGAAGCUUUUUUUGCUGUAACAAAAUUAUGGCAAAGUAAAGAUUCGAAUUUGCGACGCUUAGUCUAUCUUGCAAUUAAGGAGUUCUGCGAUAUCUCCAAUGACGUCAUCAUUGUUACUAGCAGCCUUACAAAGGACAUGACUGGUCGAGAAGAUGUCUAUCGUGCACCAGCUAUUCGAGCUUUGUGCUGCAUAAUUGAUGGAAGUAUGUUACAGGCUAUUGAACGCUACAUGAAACAGGCAAUUGUCGAUAGAAAUUCAGCUGUUGCAUCAGCAGCUCUUGUUUCAUCAUUUCAUCUGCUUCGGAAGAAUCCGGAGGUGGUACGUCGUUGGGCGAAUGAGGUGCAGGAAGCUGUUUCGUCAGAUAGCAAUAUGGUCCAAUUUCAUGCUCUCGGCUUGUUAUACCAUAUUCGUAGCGGCGAUCGUUUGGCAGUGAAUAAAUUGGUUCAAAAAUGGAGUAAAUCAUCACUACGUUCUCCUUUUGCAACAUGCUAUCUCAUUCGACUUGCUACCAAACUUAUCGAAGAUGAUGAAGCGGGAACAGAAAGUCCCUUCUUCCAGUUCAUUGAAUCAUGCCUCCGUCAUAAAUGUGAAAUGGUUAUCUAUGAAGCUGCUUCUGCGAUAGUUCGGUUGCCACGAACAACUUCAUCGGAAUUGUCGCCAGCUAUUUCAGUGUUGCAACUUUUCUGUUCAUCUCCGAAACCAGCACUGCGAUUUGCCGCUGUUCGGACUUUGAAUAAGGUGUCAGUGAAACAUCCGCAAGCAGUAACGUCGUGUAAUGUUGAUUUGGAACAAUUGAUAACAGAUCAGAAUCGUUCAAUAGCAACACUUGCAAUCACAACUCUUCUCAAAACUGGAGCAGAAUCAUCAGUGGAAAGAUUAAUGAAACAAAUUAGCACAUUUGUGAAUGAAAUAAGUGAUGAAUUUAAGGUAGUGGUGAUUGAAGCAAUCCGUUCACUAUGUUCUCGUUAUCCACGUAAGCACUCGACUCUUAUGUCAUUUUUGGCUACAAUGUUACGCGAUGAUGGUGGUUUCGACUAUAAGAAAAGCAUUGUUGAUACUAUUAUUGCUAUAAUUGCUGAGAACUCAGAUGCAAAGGAAGCAGGGUUAUCGCAUUUAUGUGAAUUUAUCGAGGACUGUGAACAUCCUGUGCUUGCCACUCGUAUAUUACACUUGCUUGGUCGUGAAGCACCAACAACCUCCAGUCCAUCACGUUAUAUUCGUUUUAUCUACAACCGAGUUAUUUUGGAAGCUACUCAGGUUCGCGCUGCAGCAGUAAGUGCUUUAGCCAAAUUUGGAGCUCAGUGCCCGGAUUUGCGACCUUCCAUACAAGUGUUGCUGAAGCGUUGUUUGCUUGACUCGGAUGAUGAGGUUCGUGAUCGAGCGACCUAUUUUCUCUCAAUUCUAGAGACGGAAAAUCCUCAUCUAAUUGCAAAUUAUAUUCUAAAUGGACUGCAAGUAUCGGUUCUUGGACUUGAAAGAGCAGUAGAACAAUAUGUGACUAAUGGAGAUUAUGAUAAGCCAUUCGAUUUGAAGAUAGUACCAAUUUCGGCUCUUCCACUAUCCAUAACAGAAGUUAAAAAGCCGUCUUUGUCUGUAGAGAUAAUUUCGGAUAAAAAGGAAGAAAGAAAAAUAUCUCGACAAGAGAUUUAUGCAGAACAAUUAUCAGCUAUUCCGGAAUUUGUCACUUUGGGUCCAUUGUUCAAAUCUUCACAACCGGUGGCAUUAACAGAUGAAGUGACUGAAUAUAGCGUCAUGUGUGUUAAGCAUAUUUUUCCUCAACAUGUUGUCCUGCAGUUCGACUGUAAUAACACACUGAAUGAUCAGUUGUUGGAGAAUGUUUAUGUUGAAUUGGAGCAAACACCAGAUACAGAAGGAUGGUUGAUUUUGCAUACAAUACCACUUGAGAAAUUACCGUUUGGCAUACAGUCAACUACAUAUGUGCUGUUGAAAAUACCCUCAACAAAUGCUGUGACUGGAACAUUCAGCGCAAGUUUAAAAUUUAAAGUUCGCGAUAUCGAUCCUGCAACAGGCGAAUUUGAAGGCGACGAGACUUAUAAUGACGUCUUUGUGCUGGAAGAAGUUGAAAUAAUGGUUGCUGAUCAUGUGCAACCGAUGCAACGAACCAAUUUCGCUGUCAGUUGGGAACAAAUUGGUGAUAGAAAUGAAAAUGAAGAUACGUAUGCUUUGUCAACGGUUCAUACCCUGCAAGAUGCGGUGAGAGAACUAAUAAAAUGCAUAGGGUUAGGCCCAUGUGAAAGAUCCGAUCACGUGACGGAAGGUAAAAACGCCCACUUGCUUCUUUUAGCCGGCGUAUUUCGCGGUGGACAUGAAGUUUUAGCAAAAGCGCGACUUGCACUGGAUUCGGUUGAUAAAACUGUUACAAUGAAUUUUAUUGUCAGAUCUGACGAUUCGACAGUAAGUGAAAUUAUAGGAAGUGCAGUAGACUGA